GAUCGGGAAGCCGUCUUCCCUACGCGGCAGUCCUUGGGCAUAAUGAAGGCCAAGCUCAAGGGUGCCGAGACAGGACACAGCUUGCUCAAGAGAAAGAGCGAGGCACUAACCAAGCGUUUCCGAGAAAUAACCCGCCGCAUCGACGAAGCGAAGCGCAAGAUGGGCCGCGUGAUGCAGAUCGCGUCCCUAUCCCUGGCUGAGGUGACAUACGCGGUGGGCGGCAACAUUGGGUACCAGAUCCAGGAGUCGGCCAAGUCGGCGCGCUUCCGCAUCCGUGCCAAGCAGGAGAACGUGUCGGGCGUGCUGCUGCCGGCUUUCGAGAGCUACCUGACCGAGGGCAACAACGACUUCGCCAUGACGGGGCUGGGCAAGGGCGGCCAGCAGGUGCAGCGGUGCCGCGAGACGUACGCCCGCGCGGUCGAGGCGCUGGUUGAGCUGGCGAGUCUGCAGACGGCAUUUGUCAUUCUCGACGAGGUCAUCAAGGUUGUCAAUCGGAGAGUUAAUGCCAUCGAGCAUGUCAUUAUUCCGAGGACGGAGAACACCAUAAAGUAUAUCAACUCAGAAUUGGACGAGAUUGACAGAGAAGAAUUCUACAGGCUCAAGAAGGUUGCGAACAAGAAGAAAUUAGACAACGCCACAGCAGAGGCCGACCGGGAGCAUAGGACUGAGGAAAACGCAGCAAUGGGGGAAGAGAACGAAGCGCCAGCGCAAGAACAAGCCGCUGGGCCAGCUGAUCUUCUAGCUGCUGAGGAGGACGAGGACGUGAUUUUCUGAGGGUUUCAGGAAGCAAGCGGUAGGUGUGUCCCGUGGUCAUGGGAGGAAUCGUUUGUGGAUAUCGUCCAUUUGCCAGGUAUAGGCGCAAUUCGGAGUUGCUUGGGUGCUUGACUGAAUUUGGGUAUCAUAUUCUUCCGUGAAUUUUUGAUUUUGAUGUACCUCGAUCACGCGUCAAUCAACGCCUUACCUAGGAA